AUGGAAGAUUCCAUACAGCGCUUGGAACAAGUCACGACCAGUGUCGAAAAAAGAAUAGACACUUUGGGUUGGAAAAUAAAAAAAAUUGAACGGGUUCUGUUUUCAGAAAACGAAGGAUACCAAUCGCGUAACAUGAUAUCCAGGAUGACCAAUUUAGAAGAGACAUGCCGUAAGUAUAAUGAAGUAAUAUUGAUGUUGACCAACCAUAAAAAAGAACAAAUUGCAUACGCUGAUACUUUACAACUUCAAGUAAAUUUAGUAAAAAGCAAAGUCGAAACUUUACGAGCAAUGAUGACAAAAGGAAAAACAAUUGAGCUUUAA